CCUUUUUCUUUGUUACCACAUUCUCUCAAGAGGAAUUAGUUCCCGUCAGACAAAUUUAUUCUCUUCCGCUCGAACUUAAAAAAGUUAGACAUAAUAAAUUGAUCGUGGAUAUUAAAUGGGAUGGAAAAAAUGAAACAGAAGAUG